AUGUCUCUUUAUAACUUAUACAUAAGAUAAUAAGCUGCUGAAAAAAUGAAAUAAAAAUCCUCUUACAAAGAAAUCAAUAACACUAACACUAAUUCUAAUACUAACGCUAAAAUUAACUCUAAUACUAACACUAACUAUAACACUAGCCCUAACUCUAACACUAACACUAACACUAACUCUAACACUAACACUAAUUCUAACAUUAACACUAACACUAACACUAACACUAACAUUAACACUAACUCUAAUUCUAACACUAACAUUAACGCUAACACUUAAAUUAAUGAUUAAAAUAAUAUUUCGUUAAAUAUUGACUUAGAUUUAAUUGAUGAAGGUGAAAAAGCUUUAGACGAUGAAAUUUCAUAAACAAAAGAAAAAAUUUUACAAAUCGAAGCUAAACUUUUUGAAUCAAUAAAAUAAUUAAAUGAAAAAGAAACCCAAAAAAAAAUUAAAACCCUAAUGAUUAGAUUUAUAAAACAGGCAAAAACUUGA